AUGGAUAGAAGAUUAGCUCUAUCUGAUUUAGAAAUACUCCAAACAUUAGGCACAGGCUCGUUCGGAAGAGUCCGCCUUGCCCGUGUUAAGCGCUCAGGCGACUACGUGGCUUUGAAAAUCCUAAAGAAAUACGAGAUCCUCAGAAUGAAGCAAGUCGACCAUGUCAUUUCAGAGUUUUCUAUCCUUCGUGUGAUCCGUCACCCUUUUCUGGUGAAUUUAAUUGGUUACACUCAAGAUGAUCGAUACUUGUACUUGGCACUUGAUUAUGUGCCUGGUGGCGAACUUUUCAGUUAUCUACGCAACGUGGGAAAGCUGGAAAACGACCAUUGUCGUCUCUAUGCAGCUCAGAUUACCUUGAUGUUUGAAUAUAUAGAAUUAUAUUAAUACAUAAAUAUAAUAAAAUGACUGUGUCUUAUUUUAAUAAUUUUUAAUGAUUAUUUUGAAUUAUUUUAUAGGCAGAUUUAGCUCAGUCUGGUCUAUAUGCAUUCGCUAAACAUCGUUUAUAGAGACUUAAAGCCAGAAAAUUUACUUAUUUCAGCAGACGGAUAUUUAAAGCUGACUGAUUUUGGCUUUGCAAAAACAGUUGAAGGGAGAACUUAUACACUUUGUGGAACACCAGAGUAUUUAGCUCCAGAAAUUUUAUUAAAUAAAGGCCAUGGGAAGCCAGUGGAUUGGUGGACUCUGGGGAUCAUUAUUUAUGAAAUGCAGGCUGGAAUUGACCCUUUUAGUGAUGACGAUCCGAUGGCAAUUUAUCAAAAAAUCCUCAAAGGGAAGGUUAAAUUCCCUCGAAAUUUCGAUAAAAACUCAAAGAGCUUAGCCCUUUUGACUGAAUAUUGUUUUAAAAAAAAAUAAUUUAAUCAGUAAAAUUAUCAUUAUUUAUAAUUUUAAUGAAGAGUUAGUCAAGCAUUUACUGGUUGCAGACCUUACUAAGCGUUAUGGCAAUUUGAAAAAUGGGGUGAAUGAUAUCAAAAACCAUCGAUGGAAUGCAGGACUUGACUGGAUAAGAUUGCUCCAAAAGCAGCUAGAUAUGCCAUACAGACCUACAAUCAGAGCACCAGAUGAUACGUCAAACUUUUCGCAUUACCCAGACUCAGGCACUUUAUCGCCUCCAGUAAGAACUUCAGAUGAUCCAUUUAUAGACUGGUAG